AUGUCCAACGAGGUCCUCACUAUUAUCUGGCGCCCCCAUGAGCACGCCGAGGAGUACCUGAUCUUCGUCGACGACGAGAAGGAGUUCAAGGAGUGGCGCGAGCAGCCCGAGGGCGGCAAGUCGAUUGCUCUCUCCCGUUUCAUUGGCAACUUCUCCGUUUACAAGAGCAACACCGGAGGCGUGACCGGCGUCCUCCAGCCCAUCUCGCGUAUGGAGCUCGAGACCGCCUUCUUCGGCGACGACAAGAAGGUCAAGGACAAGUCUGUCGAGGCUGUCAUCCAGUUGAUCCUCCAGAACGGCCGCGAGCAGAAGCAACAAUUCAAGGCCAAUGAGCGCUCCGACUUUAACACGUCGCGCGGUGCUGCCGGCGACAACCACCCAGGUACCCAGCGCCGCUAA